AUGCCAAAGCGACAAACCCGAGCCGAAGAGCGAACCGAGAAACGCCAGAUUCCGGUCUCGCAAUCGCUCGCCGACGAACUUGCCAAUCACGCCCAGGCUAUGGAGUGGACCCAGGGCACGCUCUCUGCGGUCCUGUUGGAGUUCGCGACCGAAUCCCCAAAGAAGGUCCAGCAGCUCAUCUCAACGCGUCUGGAGGCCCUGCAGAAGACCAAGGCGCCGCCGGGCCUCCUGCGAGCCGCCAACAACAGCGAGACGCGCUUGCAGGUUCUGUUGAUGCCGAGCGUCAUCGAGAAGCUCGAAGUCUACGGCGACGCGUUCAAUCACACGCCCGUGCGAAUGGCCGCGUUGCUGCUUGAUUGCAGUCUCGCGAAUGAAAAGUGGUUCAUGCAGGUCUUGGAGACCAAGCUUGGCAAGAACUUCAUGAAGCUGCUGGGCUG